GGAUAAGCGUUACAUGUCUUCUUUCAAACCACCUUUUUGAGAAGAUCUUCCCCCCAGCCGCAACGCCCAGAGUGGAAUUUUCAUUCGAGAAAACGUCUGGUGCCCCUGGAGUCCGUGAUGAAAGCCCACCUGACCCCACAGCAGAGCCGUAUGGUUACAUGAAUGUAUUUUCGGCUCUGUUACCACGAGCUGAAACUUAAUUCGGCCUUCUCGCUUCGUCUCCAACCUAUCAUUGAGUCAGGCACGCAGAGGCUCACGACAUUCAUCCUCUCUCACCACUUCUGUGAGAGUGAGCGCCCCUCCGGAACCCCCCGUGGGCAUACAGCUAGUCCGCUUCGGUUCAACCCCCCCGGCUCGAUCGUCCUCGCGUUCCUGCACCAUCAAUCUUAACAACGAAAAUUAAGGCCCCCCUGGAUCAAGAUUCAACCAUCAAUCGACCCUUUCUCUCUUCCUAUCUCCAUCCAAUUGAUCCAGCUCUACGCCUCGUUGCCACUUGACAUCGCCGCCGAUCAUGGACAGCGAGCAAUUGCAGGCGAAGAUAACGGCUGCCAGACGCGAGGCAGAGGGUUUAAAAGAUCGAAUCAAGCGAAGGAAAGAUGAAUUGGCCGAUACCACCCUUCGCCAAGUUGCGCAGAACAAUACGGAUCCGUUACCGCGGAUUGGCAUGCGCCCUCGACGAAAUCUGAAAGGCCAUCUCGCCAAAAUCUACGCUAUGCACUGGUCGACCGAUCGCCGACACUUGGUCUCUGCUUCUCAAGAUGGGAAGCUCAUAAUUUGGGAUGCAUACACGACAAACAAAGUUCACGCUAUUCCCCUUCGCUCUUCCUGGGUUAUGACCUGCGCCUACGCUCCCAGUGGAAAUUACGUCGCAUGCGGUGGUCUUGACAACAUUUGCUCAAUCUACAACCUUUCUUCGCGAGAAGGCCCCACCCGGGUCGCCAGGGAAUUGUCCGGUCACUCAGGUUAUCUAUCAUGUUGCAGAUUCAUCAACGACCGCCGAAUCAUCACGUCUUCCGGCGAUAUGACGUGUAUGUUGUGGGAUAUUGAGUCGGGAACAAAAGUCACCGAAUUUGCCGACCAUCUUGGGGAUGUCAUGAGCAUCAGCAUUAAUCCGACAAACAAUAACAUCUUCGUUUCCGGCGCAUGCGAUGCCUUCGCCAAGUUGUGGGAUACCCGAGUUGACAAGGCCGUUCAAACCUUCUCCGGCCACGAAUCCGAUAUUAACGCCAUCCAAUUUUUUCCGGACGGCAAUGCAUUCGGAACUGGCUCGGACGACACUUCUUGCCGAUUGUUUGAUAUCCGGGCGGAUCGCGAAUUGAACAUUUACCAGAGCGAUCAAGUUCUCUGUGGAAUCACAUCUGUUGCUUUCUCGGUAUCUGGACGACUUUUGUUCGCAGGUUAUGAUGAUUUUGAAUGCAAAGUCUGGGACGUUUUGCGAGGUGAUAAGGUUGGCUCGUUGAGCGGCCACGAGAAUCGCGUGAGCUGCUUGGGCGUGAGCAAUGAUGGAAUAAGUUUAUGCACAGGAUCUUGGGAUUCCCUUCUCAAAAUCUGGGCUUGGUAAGGCCCAAGCUCGGGUUGGAACUUCGAAGUCGCCAUCAGCUGCCAGCGUAUAUCCUCGAAACAGUCAAGGCCCCUCCUUGUACAAUAACCAGUUCAUCAUUUGACCGUCGCUUCCUCUCUACAUUUCGCUAUCCGUACAUUACAUUAUUGCCAUACGAGACUUCCUUUUUGAAACCCUUGAGAUGUAAAGAUGGCUUGGUUAUCUGUGCGCGCCUCCGCGGUUAAGAAGCAGUUGCUCGUUCUGACCUAUGAGCCUGUUGUGAACGACACAGCACGACGACGACAUGACAGUAUUUUGUUGGCUCUCCAUAUCACAAAUCCAUUUGACUGUACCGGCAGAAGACCCGAAAAAGUGGGUGAAGGAGAAUUUGCGAAAAGUGUGCUUCCAAUAUAUUGGAGCAGACAUAGGAAGUUUUGAAAUUAUAUCGCACAUUUUUUUGGCUCUUAAUUGAUCGUUGGGUUGGGUUGAUGAUUGAUACAUGGCUUUUUCUACCUAAAACCCUCAGCGGCUUUGCAGACGGUUCUUCCUCAUCUUUUUUGAUUUACAUGUACCGAAUCCUUGUUCCCUUGUUUUCCAGCUUUGUAUCGCAUUUGGCCCCGUCGGCCAUGAAAUUUCCCUUUUUUUUUUCCGUUGGUGUUUCCUUUUAUCCCUUUUCUUUUCCCUUUGGCGGGUCGGGAACGAUAAUGCGCUUCAUACCAAUCUUUUUCUCAUCCUUUAGGUACUAACCUUUAUUCUCGCCCCCACCGGUCGAACCUUUUUCCUCCCUCUUUCCCGCCCGCCCUGUUCCUGCAAUCAGUUCAUUAUUCCCCCUUUGUUGGUGUUUUUUUCAUUUCCUCUCCUUCCAUGGCUGGUUCCGACCAAGCCGCCCUUUUCUGUAUGAUUUUUCAGGGUGCUCUUUAUCAUUCACCUUUGUCUACACCUUUCCCUUUUUUUUUUUUUUUUUUUUUUUUUUUCUCUUUCUUCCCUUCUUGGCCCAGAAACAUCACGUGGUUGGGUUGUUGAGCUGGGCCGUCAUAAAUCUUUUUUAAUUCUUCCUAUUAUAUGUAUUUAGGCCCAGAGUGUGAGAAAGGUGCGUGUGUAUGUAUGUGGUGGUUACGUUUGGGGUGACAAAGCAGUUUUGAUAUUGUUAAAAUUUUAAAAAUUUUUGGUCUAUU